CUGGGCCUCAGCAACUUGCAGGACUCUCCUCAAUCAGGGGGGUGUUGGUUUAACCCACAGAUGGGGAACCUGUAGCCCUGCAUGCAUUGCUAGACUACAACUCCCAUCAUCCAUGAGACUUGUCCCUGCUUGGCUUGGGCUGAUGGAGUCUAACAAUACUUGGACGGCUGCUGUUACCCCAUCUUUGGCUUAAUCCCUUAGUGCCCAUCUUCAAGGUUAGGAUGGAUUGAAUUGAACUGAACAUAUAUUUCCUUGUGGACCCUCACCACCACCUCCCUCUUGCCUCUUUCUGUCUUAUGCAUUUUUGAUUACAAUCUUCUUGGGGCAUUGAUGGCCCAAUAUAAUGAAUGAAUCACAGCCAGCCUCACACCAUUCAGUGGAAACGACUGCCUAGUUCGAUGUGCUGAGGUGUGCUGCUGUAAAUUGUCAAGACUUCCCAGAUGUUUCUUCUCAGUCAAGAGGGUUGGUAUUUCUUAACUGUUUUUUUGCACUAGGGGGCUCCCAGGAGUUAGAAAGAAACAGACAGAAGGCUGUUCUUUUUGGAAACAAGACAUCACACUGGGGUUUUCCAAUGCAGAAUUUAAAAUAGCUUAAAAAAUAAUGACGAAAAGUUCAUGUAAGUGUGUAGCAGUUAUCUGGAAACAACCGCCCUGUACAGUCAGAGCAUUCUGAAGGUCUGUAGAGUUUGCAGUGAAAUCUCCAAAACAUGAGCUGUAGAGUCAUGAUAUGACUUGUGUGUUCCAGAACUUUGAACACAGAAAUACAGGUUUGGAUAAUUUGAAAGCUUGCUCUCUAUUUUGUGACAGCUUGGAUGGCCCUAAGAAAGAUACUGCCCAACUGUGGAUUUUGGAUUUUUUUAAUUCUUUUUUGCAUGGACCAGCACAGUUUCUUUUGUGGUUUUAAUAGACAAAGACUGAGACAAGCUGUGUAGCCGUGCGCCAGCCCAGAAGGGACUCCCAGACUUUCCUACAGUGACUCAGUUAACAGUGUUUACACAGCCGACUCCAUUCAUUCUCUGAAACAAACUCAUACCCUCUGUGGUGGCAGAUAAGAUUUUAACAGCUUGUUGGGGCAGCCUGUCAGAUUAAUUACAACUGAACAUUCACAUUCCUUGGGCAUUUCCACUGUGUGCGUGUUUGUGUGUGUACACCACACACACACACACACACACACACACACACACACACACACACGAAGAGCUGGAAAAAGAGGAGGAGAAAUCUGAUAAUUUAGAAGGCAUGAAUCAUCACCAUCACCCUAGCAGGCAACCAGUGAAUUCCUAAGCUACCUUCAUCAUGUUGAUUCAUUGGAGAAAUGAGCUUCCUGGAUCAGACAUGCCAAAUUUUAAACUGGUUCAUUUGCUCUCUGUGCGCACCCCAGUUGCUGAGACUCUGGAGCGGCAGGUGCCCAAGGACCAGAAGGAAUUUGUUGUUGGGCACAGCCUUUGUGAUAUAUCUGGGGUUCCUUGUCAGCCAAGUAGGUCACAUUGUCCCACAGCACAGAGCGAGACCCUCGAAAGCAAAUUCCCAGAAUCUCCAAGAUGCUGCCCAGACUCUUUCCCUCGAAAUCCCAUUGGAUGGCACCUUCUUGCUUUCUGAUCUGGAAAGACCCCAGGUGGGAGCAAAUGAUACUUCAGCGCUGCCCAACGUGGUGUAUAUCACUCUGCGGUCCAAGCGCAGCAAACCUGCCAACAUCCGAGGCACCGUGAAGCCCAAGCGAAGGAAGAAGCAAACAGUACCUUUGCACCACGAAAUUAAGGACCCAUUGGUUGUCGCUGGCCAGGAGAAGAGCUUAAUCCAAAAGCCGCUUCGUGGGACUAAUAAUUCUGUGAAUAAGAGGAGAGCAGGAGAAGUCCCAGAGAAAGCAAGGGACCACCAGGAGAAGUUCAAAGAGAAAGGAACACCCAAGAAAGACAAGAGACAUGGGAGACCUCUGCUAAGAGGAGCAAAUGUACAGCCCAGUGCUCUGGAGAGCAAUAUCAGGAUGUACAGUGAAAGCCCACCACCUUGGCUGAGCAAAGAUGAUAUCUUAAGCAUGCGUCUCCUGGCGGAUUCCAAAAUAGAAAAUAUCCAAGAGGCACCUUCUCAGUAUGGAGUACUUCUGGUACUUGAGGGGGCUGCUACGGUUAACAGGUCAGCCAAAGGAGGCGUUUGCAGCCAAGGGCACUGUGGCCUCAUGAAGAGACCUCUUGACAUGAGUGAAGUGUUUGCCUUCCAUUUGGACAGGAUUCUGGGGCUGAAUCGGACCUUGCCUACAAUAAGCAGGAAAUCAGAAUUUGUACAAGAUGAUCAACCAUGUCCUAUUAUUCUUUGGGAUACCUCCUUGGCUCAGACCGAUAAUGACACACACUCGUCAUUGAAGUUAACAUGGGGGGCUUACAAGCAACAAUUAAAGCAAAAAUGUUGGCAAAAUGGCAAAGUACCCAAAACAGAGUGGGGAUGUACAGAUAUCCAUCACUAUGAGUGGUCCAAGAUGGCACUACUUGAUUUUCUUUUACAGAUCUACCAUCGCUUGGACAAGAACUGCUGUGGGUUCAAACCGCGCAAAGAAGAUUCCUGUGUCCAGAAAGGAUUGAGCCUGAAUUGCGAUGACCAGGAUAAUGUUGAUUUGACACACAUUAUCCAGAGAAAAGAUGAUCCAAGGCAUUUGGUCUUUAUAGAUAAUAAAGGUUACUUUGACAGAAGUGAAGACAAUCUGGAUUUCAAAAUAUUACAAGGCAUAAAUGAGUUCCCUGAAUCGGCAGUCUCCGUGCUGAAAAGCCAGCGUUUGCGAGAGAAGCUUCUACAGUCUUUGUUCCUUGACAGAAUUUUUUGGGAAAGCCAAGGUGGUCGUCAAGGCAUUGAUAAAUUAAUUGAUGUGAUUGAACAGAGGGCCAAAAUUCUUCUUACUUACAUUAAUGCCCAUGGGGCAAAAGUACUGCAAAUGAAUGAAUGAGAGCUCAGUCCUGUGCACACUUACAUGGGAAUAAGGAAGACUGCCCACAGCUGGACUUACUUCCAAGUAAACACACAUAAGAUUGUGGUGAAUAGGGGAAUGAGAAAAAAACCUAGUUCUAAUGAAAGGGUCACAGAGUUUCAUUAAAUAAGAAACUCAGACAGGCACACCUGAUGUGAAACUUGUUGACAAUACUUUUAAUUUAUAAAGCACACAUGAACAAAUGUUCAAACAUUUUUUUAAAAAAAACAGGUAUUCUCUAUAGGAGCCUGGGAGGUAAGCAUCCCAAAUCACUUGCUUUAUAAACCAUACAUAUAUUUAUUUUUGUUUCUCCUUUGGACACCAAUAGCAUAUGGUAGAAGUUUCACCAUUUAUUUGAUUUCAAUGGAUGUUGCUCACUUUAGGGGGAAAAAAUCCUCUAAACAUAUGACAAAAGUUGUAGCUCUUAGACUACUCCUUUCAAUGGGACUGUUCUAAAAAAGUGGUUUUUAGGAUCGCUGCAGACUUGCUUCAGGAAAACAUUUAUACAAGGAUUUUUCUAUGUUUCUUUCCAACAAAAAUAGCAGACCCCAACUGCUGUUGAUAUUUCUGUAUGUGUCAAGUAUUGUUUAGUAAAAAGACCAUGUUCAGUGUUCUUGGAAUUAGGAGUAUGAUACUUUAUAUUUAGUGUUUUUUUAAAAAAAUAAGGAAAUAAGUUAUCCACUGAACUAAGCAGAUGUUUCAUGGUUAUGUUACAUACUUGCUUUUGAGGUUCUUUUUAGAACUUACUGUAUCUACAAUCUGUCAACCAUUGUUCAAAAAUUCCACAAAGAACUAGAAGCCCCCAGUCCCCAACAUGGGGGUCACCGUCUACCUUUGUUUAGCUGUUUAACCAAUGAAAUCAGGUUUACAGUAUGUAAAAUACUGGCAAUUGUAACUUUAGUUCUUGAGUAUUCUAUGAUAUCAUAAACUGUGACUUUGAAGACAUUCCUUCCAGUUAAUAUAUUUGUAAGAAUACUGAUAAAAACAUAAUUAAAAGGGACAUGAAUAUUGGUAUUGUCACUAGUAUGGAAGCUUGACAUAAAGCAUUGUGUUCUGGUUUUUCGAUCUCAUUGUUAGGAUAUAGGCUUUGAACUCAUGAUGGGAUGGAGGCAAAUGCACCUCUGGUACAUAGCUGCCAAGUUAUCCCUUAUUUUAAGGGAUUUUCCCUUAUGCUGAAUAGGCUUCCUCGUGAGAAAAGGGAAAACUUGGCAGCUAUGCUCUGGUAUCCUGGAGUCUGCCUCAAGAGUCUUUAGUAUUUGUAUAGCUUCAUAGUGACCAGCUGCAUUGUCCUGUGUCUCACCCUAAGAAUCCUGAAAUGUAUAGUUUGAUGAGUGUGUUGUAGAGUAUGGAUUAACCAACCCAAGUCUCUGGGUCAUAGGUUUCAGGUCGUACAGAAUCUUAUUCUCAGGUGGUUGCCCUUUAUUCAUUCAGCUGCAAAUGACAGAAGGGCUUGGCUGAAAAGGGAGACAACUGCAUCAAAGGAAAGCAUAAAACCAACCCCCCAGGCCACAACAGCACUGCAAUAUAAGUUCUCAAAGUAGCUCCCCCCCCCCUGUUGUUCUUUGUAUGAGAGAUUGCAACCACUCCUAUAUCUAAUUAUACACAUGCAUGAUGAUGGCAUGCUGAAUGGAAAUAAUUGAACAGCUCAUAUUAUGAUGGCCUGUGUUUGUCCUUGAAAGAAAACAGAUCUUUUUUGUAUCCAUAAAUCCACCCUGUGUUUUGUGUGCCUGUUUCCCCAACCAUGGCUUGUGCCAAACAAGCACUCACCACAGGCAUUUACAUGCUGUUAAUAUUUUUCCUGCUCACCUUAACUGCUGGGGCAAGGGUGACAGCUAAAUUAAGCAGCAGGCUUUUAUUCCAGCCUGGGAAACAGGACAAAAUGAACUAUGAAACAAAGCUUUCCCAGGCAAACACGGAGCAGUGUACACUGUUUCAGUCACUUAUUUUGUAAUAAUCUGUAUCAGGCUACUUUCCAUUUAUGGGCACAUGGGAUCAGACAUAUUUUCACAUUCCAGACUAGUCUGAAGCAAUGGGAGUAGCAAGGAAUCCAAGCUCUUUGUGUGGGAGAAAUAUUCAAGAAAAAGAUUGGGUGAAAUGCCAACUUUUAAACAACUGAAUAUUUUCAUAAUUAUAAAAUCUAAGGAUGUUUGCUGGCUGUUCUCACGCUAAGGAAUCCCCUGCUCUCUUUUGCUGCACAUGAUAAAACAGGUCUGUUCAGAGCCCCAUCGCAAUGCCCACUUAUUUACAAAACUCUGUUCAUUGUUGGUUUUUUUUUAAAAACAUUAAGGAGAAAUGCUCCAAUUUAGAGCUCAGCAUUACACACACGAAACUCCCCCCGCCCCAAUCUCUCCCAUCCAGUUUGAUAGAGACUUGUGAAUAAAUUCUAUUUGCACACUUGGUGCUUGGAGUCUUUGCGUACACUAGAGAGAUGGGUGUUCAUUCCUCCAUGAUCACAAAGAGUCUACCCAAGGAGACAAAGCUUGAUAAGAAAUAGUCCCUCCUUAUGUCUGAACUGGCAGACACCAGAAAUUAUAAUCAGACUCUGAACUUUCUGGGACUUUCCUUUGUGGUCAACAUGGAACCUGACCUGAAUGUGCACUGUCCUUUUAAAACACAUUGUGUUAGACGAUCAGUAAAAUGAAAUUUAAAUGAAACUCUCACUGGCAAACAUUACUGUGAAAGAUGAAGUGUAUUGAGAGCAGGCAACUCUACCCUUCUGCUGAAAUUAGUCUAAAGAUAUAAGAAAACAUGUAUACAAAUUAAAUAAUGAAAGUCAAAACCAAGCAAACAUGUAUUUGAAAUAUUAGCAAGACUCACUAGAAUAUUAAUACAGGGUAAUGUGGAUUGUGUUGUUGCUAACAACUUUUCAGUUGAUUCCAUCUGUGUAUGUGCUUUGAAUUUAUGUAUAUUUUUUGCAGCAUUAGCAUAUUUCACUUGCACUGUGGAAGUUAAAUAUAUUUUGGUUUUAUAAGAGGAUUUUUAAAAAUGUCUCUGUUGUUGUCUUGGUAAAUAAAAUAAAAAACUAAAAACAGUAUUUCACAGCUUUAUAAAUAUUGGAUGCUUUGAAGUAAUUAUAUUAACUCUAUUGAAAAGCACAGGUCACUAAUUUAAUUUUAAACUUGAAUAAGCUUAGCUUAGGAAAACAACCCAAAAUAGAUUAUGAAACCUUGUUUGAUGGAAAUAUUUUUAGUUGUUUAUUCAUUUGACUUGCAAUGGCUGCCAGUAUCUUGCCUUUAAAUAUAUCCUCUGGGUUUUUCUGUGCUUGGUCUUCCAAACAUAUUUAGGUUCAAAGCUAAUCUUGUGUAUUUGAGGUGGAAAGCAAUGGCGAUAACUUCAAACAACAUAAACUGGCUGAUGCUCAAAAUCAUGUCAUACGCUUGGAAAUGUACCACUUAAGAAUGCAGGUGGAGAACAGGGCUUACAUGCACAUGAAGGGGCAUAGCUGGACAAGUUAUUUUGGCACUCAAGGGGGGAAAAAAUCCCAGAAACACCUCUUCCCCUCCCUAACAGUAAAAAUACAACAAUAUUUUCUUCCCUUUCAUGACACCCAGAAUCAGCUCCCCAAGAUGGCUACCUUAUUCUGCUUAAUGGUAGGGCCAGCUCUGGCCAGAAGGCCACAUGUUUAGAUGCUUUCCCAAGUAAAUAAAAAUAAAUAAAAGUGCAUUGGCUAGGCCAGGGGUUUUUCUUCUUCUUGAAAAACAUGCUAGUUUUCUGGCCUGAAUAAGUCUGAGAAUGCACCAUGUUGGCUCUCAGACUUCACUAGGGCCUCCUUUAUCCCCCCACAACUGGCCAGCCACCAGGAUAACGGAAGAAUGAUCUUCCCCUAAAGGACAACAUCUGCUAUGAGCAGCUGUGUAACUAAAGCAUGAAAACCUCUUGUGUCUACUUUCCUCGAAGAGCCAAGGACAUCAUAUGAAACAGAGUGUUGCUAAAGGAGUGCUGUGGUCCCCUCUUCUUUCCUUACUAAGUGAACCUGCCCUGUUUUAUGAAAACAGAUCUUGACUGGAUUGUAACAAUACCAUGUGUUUUGAAUCAGAAUCCCCUCCCAAAGCUAGUGGCAUUUCUACUGUAGUUAUGGAUUUGCACAUCAGCCAGCUAUGGCUUGGGAUGGGAGAUGGGGGAGAAAUUUGAAUCAGCCAUCUCCUCCUCCUCCUCCUCCCCCACUCAAUGUGGCCUACAGAUAAAAACGACAGCUAAAAACAUAGAAGAAAAACAAUCCUUAGAAAACAUUAAAAUCAAAACUGUAGAUAUACAUAAAAAUCUAUUAUAAACAUACAAAUAAUUACAAUAAAAGCAGCACAUUAAGAGCAUUCAGUUCUCAAAAGCCUGUUGUGAAAAGAAAGUGGCAAUUUGAGAGGAUUCAGAAGAGAUUUGAGAAGUCCAUGGAGGAUAAGUUUAUGAGUGCAUACUAGCUCUGAUGGCUGUGUUUUUAUCUCCAAUGUCAGAGGCAUACUGUAUGCCAGUUGUUGGGAAUCACAAGUGGAGGGAACAUUCAUGCUCCCUCUGUGAGGGACCACUGUGAGAAUAGGAUCCUGGACUAUGGUGGGCCUUUGGCCUGACCCUGCAAGGCUCUUCUAAAGCUCACUUCUGAGUUCCCUGAGCAGCUAGAUAUGUCAGGCACCAUUUCAAAACACCAUUUCAAAGCAAAUCUAUCAAAUUUGUACAACCUGAGAACCGAAAAGCAGCCAUUCUUUGAAAUUUGUGCCUAUCUGAAUUUUACAGUGCAGUUCUUCAGCAAAGCAAUACUUUGCAAAAUAAUGCAUAUAUUGGGGGAAAUGUGCAUAAGAAUGAAUGUAUUUUUGAAAGCAACAUACCAAAAUGCAUAAUACCUGGAGGAAAUCCAUGGGAAAAUGUGGACAUUGGUCAAAGGUGCACUCAAAAAUAUGCUUCUUAGGAGAAAUUCACAUUCAGAUGCUGAUGAAAUUUCACUGAAUUCAACAUUGGAAAAUGAGAAACAGAGUACCAAUAUUGACAUAUUCUUACACCCCUAACUUGGGUGGCUGUUUGAAUAGCCUGUAUGUUAUGACUGUAGACUUGUCAUAAACACUCACCAGCACAUACAAGAUUCCCACAUACAUGGCCACACUGUCUCACUGCUUGCUGAAAUGCUUAGUUCCAUACAUGACAAUGGUUGCACAUGAUUAAUUUUACCAAGAUGGGAAAUGCGUUCCGGAUCUACUGCUCCUAUUCUUCAUAUAGAAUUUAAUUAUGAAGGGCUGUGUGGCAUUAAAGGAAUUAUUUUAUUUCUCCCUUUUAGCAUGUUGGUGAUACUUUUAGAAAAGGGAAAAUUCUUGCUCUUUAGUACCAAUACAUUAAAUGGGGAUUUAAUCUCAAUCUGGUCUAUGAUUUGAUCCAGAAGUCGCUUAAGUUGUUAAAAUUGCAUGAAUGGCUUCUUAUUUGCUUUGAAGCACCUGGAGAAGACAAAGAAGUCCAGUUUCUGAGAAUUGUGGUACUCGGAGCUAUGGCUACCCAAAUUCUAUCUUCUAAAUCAGGAGUUACUGACUUGUAGCCUGAAUGCCACAGAUAUAUCAUAAGUUACAACAGGGACAUGAAAAAUGUAAUAUCUAUUUUGGAAAGCUGUUCAUUCACUAGAAAUCUGGACACUUCUUCAGCUAGUUACCAACUUUUUGCAUACAGAUCCUAAAUUCAAGGAGCAGGUUUUCAACAGGUUUGGAUAUAAUUGGACAACAUUUUGAAUCAAAAUGGCAGAAUGAACCUUUCAAAGCUGCACUGAUGUUAAUCACGGAUUUCAAAACUGCAAUGGUUAUUUUUUUAAUUAGAAUUCCCAAGUAACAUUAAGGCUGCCAGUAAAUCAAUAAUCUGGGGGAAGGAAACAUAUUUGGGAAAAUAUACAUUUGGAAUAGAUAAAAUAAUAAGUAAUAAAAGAAAACACAGCACCAUUUGGGCUUAUUCCCCAGUGCUUUUCAAGUCAGAUAUAUGCACAAAUUAUACCUCUACAAAACUGAUAAAAAAGGAUUUUCCUCCCACAGAAAAAUCUAUAUUAAAGCAGCUCUAAAUUGCAGACUUUCUGGAAGGAAAAAACCCUGUUUGCCAACAGAUCUUUAGUCCACUUUAUAGAACAGCUGCCUGUAUUUCAGCAUGGAAUAAGAGAGUGAUGUUGUUGUUGUUUUUAAACAGAAAGGGAAACAUGACAAAAUGAAGGCAGCUGUUACUUUCCACAACGUGCCAACAUUUUUCUUUUUUAUGCUUUUGUGAAAUAAUGUAUUUGCAUUCAUAAGCAUGGAGAGGGUUUGCAUUCCAGAAUCUGUUUAGCUCUGAGAUAACUUGACACAGUCAAAUAAUACUUUCAUUGGCUGUCAUUUCAGAGUGACAACCUAUGAUCAGUGAUUUAGGGAGAAUUGACCAAAUACUGUAUAAAAGUGGAACCAGCAUAAGAAAUGUUAUAACAGAAAUGUACCGGUGGAAAGAAAGAAAGAGAAAGGAAGGAAGACAGACAGACAGACAGAAAGCUUUCCAGUUUUCCUGUAAGAUAAAAACCUUUAGGACAGAUUUUUUUCAAUUUUGUGAAAAUGGUCUGGGGACUUGCAGCAUUUUAAUUUUAGCUACAGCAUUUAUAAAUGUAUAAAUUGAUUAUGGGGAGUGGGCAAGCUGAAAGAUAGAAUUAGUAUUGAAAGCAUCUUCAGUCCCCUCCAAAUACAAUGUCUUAGCAAUUCCAUUUUCUGUUUUCUUUGUCAGAAAAAAAACUUAUUUCUGAUCGCACAUGUCAUCUGCUGCUACCUGAUCCUUUUAACUGGAGAUUCCAGGGUAUUGAACCUGGGACUUUCUGCAUGCAUACCAUGAACUGUGGUCCCCCUCCCAGUUUUCCUUGCAAGACUUUUGUGCUGCAGUUGUGAUCUCAUUGUGUCAUAUUAGCGUCAUCUGAGGAAUGAUAUUUUCCCGUCAGGAAUUAAUCUGGCAUUCCUUGAAGGCCAUCCGAGCAAUGUGAGCUUGACUUCUCAGUGAUAUUCUUUGUUGGGCCAUGUGAAACAUGUCCAGAUUUGGCAGCAAUUCAUAACAAACACAGAAGAAAGUAUGCCAGUGUUGAAGGCAGUUGCCUGAAGUGUGAGAACUAUGUCUGACAGAUGGUGGGAGCUAUCUCCUAUCCGAAGCCUUUUUGAUUUGGGAAUGUUGAAAAAACAGAGUUAUCCUCUUGGGCCUUGCAUGCCCUUGACCCUAAAGAGCAGAAAAAGAAGAUACAACAGAAUUCAGGAAAAGAAAAGAAAAAGAUCAUGGACUUCCUGUUUUCCACAAAAGGAAGCACAAAACCAUAAAACUAAAAAUAUCAGUGACCUAAAAUUAACUUUUGGACUUGCAAUGUUAUCAAAUUCUAUAAGAGGAAAUAAGGAUAUAAGAAGCAGGUCUUUAAGCUAUAAACAAGCUAUCAAGAAAGGAAAAAAGAAAGUUUGUGAAAAGACAAUGUAUUCUCCAUAAAAUGUAAAAGUAUUUUGCAAAACUGUACAAAAUGGGGAAAUUAGUCCACUCAUUCAGUUUCAUUCAUUCAGUUUCCACUCAUAUUUUUACAGCAUCAUUGUAUAAUUGUAUAAUUAAAUCACAUCAAGGAAAGUAAGCUACAAAUUGGCUACCAAGAAAACGUCUCUGUCUUCCCCAACCACUUUUCUUUUCUCCUCUUGGCUUCAGAUUUUAGCAUUUUGAAUUGGUUCUGCUUCCUAACCUAUUCUUUUUAAUAUGACUGCCAUAGCAUCUAAAUGGUUUUUUAAAGAAAUAAAUUGGUUCUAAGCAAGAAUGUUUGAUCUGUUCAUCGAGUCGGGACUAGCCCAAGACAGUUUGCUGCCUGGGACAAGGGAGGAUCACUUCUCUGCCCCCACUACUCCAUGUAUUGAACCUGAUCAUAUGUAGCAUGGCUUUGAUGACACACUAGUGCAUUCUUGCCCAACCUGGUGCCCUCCAGGUAUUUGGACAACCAUUCAUCCCAUCUCCCUUAACUGUUGACCGAACUGACUGAACCUGAUGGGAGAUGAAGUCCCAAAGAUCAGGUUGGAGAAGGAUGAAUCAGUUGAACCUAGAAUAUAGGAAUAAAUAUAGAUAAUAACCACUGGUGUAUCCAUACCAUGUGGACUGCUAAUA